AUGGCAGUCAUCACUUCAAUCUCAUCAAUCCAAACAGGUCUCGAUACUUUCUGGAAGAAUAAUCUCGGAUCCGAUGAGAUCAUUACCAAAUCACCAAAUAUCCUUCCCAAACAUGUCUACUCAAGAAUUUUCGGUGAACACAAGCCUUUGAGCAAGAUAUCCGGCUGUAGCGUUAACAUCUCGUACGAUGCCGCCGUCAAAGAAUGCGAAGCAAAAGUUGCAGCCAUUGUAACAGAAUGCCGACGAAACAAUACUAAGUACACUGACAAUGAUUUCGAUCUCGAUGAUAUGGAUUAUUGUUUGAAGCCCUUGACUGUUACGGAGCCGGACACAUCAAAUAACAGGGAGCACACAGAGCCAGAAUCUUCAAGGAGAGCCGACAUUACAAGGAAUAUCAUUACCAGAACCAGUAAUGUAAAGUCAACUGCUACUAAAGUACGAGAACCUGCUUGUGCAAAGAGAGUAGGAGAUAUCUUCGAACACCCAAGAUUCUUCCUAGAUCAUGAAGCUCAUGUACAGGAUAUACGACAGGGUUCCGAGGGAGAUUGUUGGUUCAUAUCUUCAUUGGGAUGUCUGACCGUAGACGAAGCAUUCCCCGGACUUAUACACAGGCUAUGCCCCCGAAAUGCUCGAGAUGAAGUCAUCGGCGUAUAUGGAUUUGUUUUCUAUCAUGACGGAGAAUGGAUUUCGGAGGUUAUCGAUGAUAAAUUGUACCUCACGAAUCCUGAUUAUGAUGAUUGUGACGACGAUCGAAGAUCAGUUUGGGAUCAUUCUCAUGAAAGACUUGACCCUGAAGCUUCGCGUGCGGAAUAUAAAAAGACGUUUCAAACCGGCUCGGAUGCUUUGUUCUUCGGAUCUUGUACUGAUUCGAAUGAGACUUGGGUACCAUUGAUUGAGAAGGCUUUUGCCAAGGUUCAUGGCGAUUUUGAUUCAAUCAACGGAGGCUGGCCUGGUGAGGGAGUCGAAGAUAUUACUGGUGGUGUUACUACUGAAUUUCUUUCCUCCGCCAUUCUCGACAAAGACUUGUUCUGGUCUCAAGGAUUCAUGAGAAUCGGUAAAGAUUUUAUAUUCAGUGCAGGUACAAGAACUUACAAUCAUCCCGAUCCAAACGAACUCGGAAGACAAGGUAUUGAGGAUGACCAUGCAUACUCUGUUCUCCGAGCGGUGGAAUAUCAAGGAAAUCGGCUUUGUCUCGUGAAAAAUCCUUGGGGAGAAGUCGAAUGGAAUGGACCAUGGUCUGAUGGCUCCAAGGAAUGGACUCGUGAGGCACUCGAUGCCCUGAAUCAUAGAUUUGGUAAUGAGGGCAUUUUCUGGAUGCCUUAUGAGGAUUUCCUGAAUCAUUAUGUCCAGAUCUGGAGAACCAGACUCUUUCAUUGGGAAUGGUUCAAGUGGAAUGUUACCCAACACUGGACGACAGUUAACGUUCCUUGGUCUGGAGAUUACAACGAAACCUCCUUCCACUUCACCAUCCCCAUCCGAACCACAACCAUCAUUGUCCUUUCCCAACUCGACACCCGCUAUUUUGGCGGUCUGACUGGCCAAUACAUCUACUCCCUCUCAUUUCAUCUCCACGCCUCCGGGGAGAAAACCCACAUUGUCCGCGGCUACUCCAGCGGCGAUCGUUCUGCUACCACCGAGAUAUUCCUCGAGGCAGGUACUUAUGAAAUAUUUCUCCAGAUCACUGGUUAUCGCGAUGCUACGCUUCCCAAGAUUGAAGAGGUCGUCAAGCAGAAUUGGCUCGAUAGGAGAGAUAAAUUGAUUCAGAUUGGGCUGAAGCAUGAUGUGGCACAUGCUAAGGGUAUUAUGCACGAUGAUUUAUCUAAAAAGAAGGAUAGAAUGUCUCUUACUACUCCUGUCACUCUUAGUACCCCCGAUAUCCUUACACCUCCUUCUACUCCGGCUGCUACGCCUACUACACCCACUGGCAAAGAUGUAAUAUCUACUACUGAAGAUGCCUGGAAUGCAUCUUGCGUCGUUGGUCUCAAAGUAUAUACUUAUCAAACUAUAGCAACGAUUGGAUUGGGAAAAGCACCGGUAAGUGAUGGUGUGGGACUUGGAAUUGGCGGGGUUGAAGGGGUUGAAGGGGGAAAGGAACAGGGUAUUCGUAAGCUACUCUCUUUACUUGAUGAUGGUUUUGCGAGUAACUUACGUAAAGUGAAGGUCAAGAUGAAUAAGAAGAGUUUGAAGAUGAAGUGGAAGUUUAGGGAUAGGAGGGGGGUGGAAGGGGUGGAGAUGGGGAUGGGAAUUGAUAUGAGGUUGAGGAAUUAG